UCUCUUUCUCUCUCUCUCGCUUUGCCAGCGAACGUCCAUUGGAGCUCCUCACUGCUCGCCUUAGGAGGGAGGGAGAGAGAGAGAUUAUCCUUAAUUUUUAGCAAACAAAGAUAAAUUUGAUAAUUGGUCCUCUAAUCCUCUCUUCUGAGGUUUUUGAAACCCAGAAAAAUUUACUCACUGCCUCUAAAUUUUCUACUCUCUCCUCUUUCUUCUUGACCUCUUGGGAAAGAGGGAGGGAAGAAGAAGAUUCUCAAUGGAAAGCUCAGGAUCAGGCUCGGGGUCAUGGCAAGGAUUGAUCCUUGUGGGUAUUGUCACAUGGAUCUGUGUUUCUUCCUAUCUCAAUUUUACCUACAAACUUAGAUCUCUCUUACAACCAUGGGUCGCUCGUCAUGUCCUUGGUGGCGUUCCUCUCAUUCUCAGUAUCCAGAAAUGUCAGAAUGGAGUGUUGGAUGCUUUCUUCUCAGCGCUAUCGUGUGUUGUCUCUGUGCCCUUUUACACUGCUUUCUUGCCUUUGCUUUUCUGGAGUGGACAUGGUAGAUUGGCUAGGCAGAUGACUCUAUUAAUAGCGUUUUGUGAUUACUUUGGGAACUGCAUCAAGGAUGUGAUAUCAGCUCCUAGGCCAAGCUGCCCACCGGUUAGAAGGAUUACUGCCACCAAAGAUGAGCAAGACAAUGCAAUGGAAUAUGGCUUGCCUUCUUCACAUACUCUUAACACUGUUUGUUUAUCCGGAUAUCUACUUUACUAUGUGUCAUCAUCUGUUGGAUUCGAAAAUGUGUCUAUCCAAUACUAUGGAUUUGCCCUUGCUUGUCUGUUGGUAGCCCUAAUAGCCUUUGGAAGGAUUUACUUGGGUAUGCACAGCGUGGUCGAUAUCGUUGGUGGUCUUGCCAUAGGAGUCCUAAUUCUAGGUCUAUGGCUAUCCGUCACUGACCAAAUAGAUGAUUUUAUUACCUCAAAACAGAACAUUAGCUCCUUCUGGACUGCUCUGAGUUUUUUAUUGCUCUUUGCUUAUCCAACUCCUGAGCACCCAACUCCAAGCUACGAGUAUCAUACCGCCUUUAACGGGGUUACACUAGGAAUCGUGACUGGAGUCCAACAAACGUACAGCCAAUUUCACCAUGAGGCAGCCCCACGAGUCUUCUCACCAGAGCUCCUACUAUCAGCCUACAUUGGGAGAGUUAUGGUAGGAAUACCAACAAUACUCUUAGUGAAAUUCUGCAGUAAAUCCCUUGCAAAAUGGAUCUUACCAACAGUUUCCAGUGCACUUGGGAUUCCAAUAAGAUCUAGCACAUACAUUCCUAAGCUCAAGCUCAACAGUGGGCAUGCAAAUGGGAAGAAGACAGACGAAACCAAGUUCUCCGUUGGGUAUUUGCACAGGAUAUGCGAGUUCUUGUGUCAGGAUUCAUUUGACAUAGACACUGGAAUUAGGUUCUUCCAAUAUGCAGGCCUUGCCUGGUCCGUCGUUGACCUUGUUCCUUCCAUAUUUUCUUAUAUUAACUUGUAGUUACAACUCCAGUGUGGUUAUAUAAAAUCAGUGCUUCGACA